AUGCAGCCCCAGCGACGCCGGCGUGAGUCCCUCACGCCGCAGCAGCUGCGUGAGUGGUACGCUGGUUGGGGCUGUAGGGGUGGCGACGCUACUCCUACUACCACUCCUGCUGCUUCUACUCGUGGUGGCGGCCAGAUGCAGCUCCCGCGACCCUCUCGCGUGUCUCUCACGCCUCGCCAGCUUCGUGAGUGGUACGCUCAGAGUGGAGGGUCUCUCAGUGCUGUUCGCUGCUCUUACGUGAUUCGCACUGGUACUCGGACUGGUCAGCCUUGUGGGACACGUAGUCAUACACCGUCCCGCUGCUUCGCCCGUCUGAGCGACGCCUGGCGUACCGUGUUUGGCGACGAGGCUGAGCUUCCCGACUGGGUGGAGUUGCUUAGGCAGAGGGUAGAUAUAUAUGCUCUUGACUAUGAUGCUAUUCUCACUGCCAUGUAUGCAUUGCCUACUAGUGCUGACCGUGCAGGUCACCUGUGCGUCCCGCCUGACCCAGGUAUAGGACCUGCUGCUCUAGCUACUGGUGAGGCUGCUGCUCUGGGUGCUAGUGAGUCUCCUGCUCCAGGUACAGGUGCGGCUGCUGCUCUAGGUGCUAGUGAGUCUGCUUCCUCAGGUGCGGGUGAGGCUGCGCUCUCAGGUACCGCGUUGGCUUCGGCCUCCCUCACCUUUACACUUGACUCUGGGGCUUCUCGCUCCUUCUUUCGGGACCGCACCACACUCACGCCGCUUGGUCGGCCGGUUGCAGUCUCCCUGGCUGACCCCUCUGGGGGUCCUGUCCUCGCUCACUUCUCCACUGUCCUCCCGUGUCCGGCUGCCCCCUCGGGCACCCUGCCUGGCCUGUACCUCCCCUCGUUCUCGACGAACUUGGUGAGUGGUGCAGACCUACAGGAUGCGGGGGUUCACCAGUUCACUCCUGCGAGUCAGCGGGUGACCCACUGCACGGACGCACGCACAGGCCGGCACCUGGCCACGUUCUCGCGUCGGCCGGGGUCGAGCCUCUACACCCUGACCACUGAGUCUCCUCCUGUCCCCGUGUCCGGUCAGGUAGCAGCGUCGGGUCAGGUGUUUGCUGCUGCGUCCAGGUCUGGUCCUGAGUCUGCCCCCUGUACUUGUCGCCUCCUGUCUCACGAGACUCUCCUGUGGCACCACCGUCUUGGCCACCCCUCCUUGCCCCGUCUUCGGAGCAUGGCUUCCCGUGUCCUUGUCUCUGGUCUUCCCCAGUCUCUCCCUCCUCUCCCCUCCGGGCCAGGACCUUCCUGUGUCCCCUGUGUCGAGGGUCGCCUCCGGGCUACUCCUCACUCCUCCCACUUCCCCCCGACAGAGGCUCCCCUGCACACGCUUCACAUGGAUGUGUGGGGCCCAGCCCCCGUCCGUGGGCAGGAUUACGAGCGCUACUUCCUGUUGGUGGUUGACGACUACUCGCGUUACACCACAGUCCUCCCCUUGCGCAGCAAGGGUGAGGUCACUGAGGUGCUGAUCGACUGGAUCCGCGAGGCUCGUCUCCGGCUCAGGAAGAGCUUCGGCUCGGACUUUCCUGUUCUGCGUCUGCACUCGGACAGAGGCGGAGAGUUCUCCUCUGGCCUUCUGCGUGCCUACUGUCGUGCGCGAGGCAUCCGCCAGUCCUUCACGCUUCCGGACUCACCACAGCAAAAUGGGAUUGCUGAGCGCCGCAUUGGCAUGGUCAUGGAUGUCGCUCGUACGUCCAUGAUGCAUGCGGCUGCCCCCCAUUUUCUGUGGCCGUUUGCGGUGAGGUACGCGGCGCAUCAGCUCAACCUUCACCCCCGGGUCUCUCGGCCUGCGAUGUCCCCAGCCUUGCUGUGGACAGGGAAGGUUGGCGAUGCGUCUGUGUUCCGUGUCUGGGGAUCUCGGGCGUUUGUCCGCGACUUGUCUGCGGACAAGCUGUCCCCUCGUGCUGCUCCCUGUGUCUUCCUUGGCUUCCCCACUGACGCCCCAGGGUGGCAGUUUUACCACCCCUCCUCUCGUCGUGUUCUGUCCUCCCAGGACGUCACGUUCGACGAGUCAGUCCCCUUCUACCGUCUCUUCCCCUACCGCACUCCUUCCCUCCCCCCUGCCCCGGACUUCCUUGUACCGGUUCCCCCCCCGGUAGACCCCCUCCCCCCUCAGGUUCCUGCCCCCUCAGGUGUGUCCCAGGUAGACGCCGUUGACCCGGUCGAGGUUACAGGUGACUCUGGUGCUGCUGCGGGUGCUGAGUCUGGAGGCGUGCUGCUGAGUCUGGAGGUGCUGCUGGAGCUGGAGCUGGAGCUUCUUCGACCGUCGAGGGUGCGGGUGCUGCCGGUCCCGGAGCUACUGGACCUGCGGGUCCUCCUGGAGCUGGAGCUGCUGAGGGCGUUGGUGCUGAGCCUGCUGCUGUUGGUCCUGCCGCUGGAGGUGUGGGUGGCGCUGGUACUGUCUCUGAGGGCGCUGGUGCUGUCCCUGCUGCGUCUGGAGCUGCUGAGCCUGGGGUUUCUCCUGCUGCUGCGUCUCGCCGGGAGCCCCUCUCUCCAUAGGAGCUGCGCGAGUGGUACGCUCGCCGCUGGAGGCGUGCUGCUGAGUCUGGAGGUGCUGCUGGAGCUGGAGCUGGAGCUUCUUCGACCGUCGAGGGUGCGGGUGCUGCCGGUCCCGGAGCUGCUGGACCUGCGGGUCCUCCUGGAGAUGGAGGUGCUGAGGGCGUUGGUGCUGAGCCUACUGCUAUUGGUCCUGCCGCUGGAGGUGUGGGUGGCGCUGGUGCUGUCGCUGAGGGUGCUGGUGCUGUCCCUGCUGAAGUGUCCACAGCCUGUCCAGUCGCAGUCACUGUUGGAGCCUUCCUCUCCUCUGCCUGCUCCCUCUCCUUACACUGGUCCUACUGGAGGUCUUGCUGAGCGUCGUGAGCCUGCGUCUCGUCCCGCGUCGCCUGUUCGUGCUGCUCGCGCUAGUGGUCGCGGUUCGCGUCAGCGUCCUCCUCCUGUCCCUGGCACGCACCGGAUGUCUCUGCGUCCGUCCACUGCUCCUCUGCGUGCCCCUUUGCCUUCGCCUCCUGAGUCCUCUCUUCCUGCGCUUGCCGACCCUGAGUCGGACUCUCUUCGCGCUGCCAGUCCUACUGUCACGCGUCUGCUUGCUACUCUCGUCACUGACCCCUCUUUUGAGUCCACUGCUGCGUCUGCUCUAGUCGCUGAGCUCGUUGACUUUGCUGCUCGCUGUCGUCUCGACUACGCUGCUGGUCUUGUUGCUGAGUCUGAGUCUGUCUGUCCUCCGUCCGUCGGGGGUGAGUGUGCUCUUGGCACGGACGUCCUAGAGGACAGACAGGAGGAGUUACAGUGUCUAGCGGCUGCUUCACCUCAUCUCGCGUCUGUAUUGCUUGCCCCUGAGGGAGACCCGGAUGCACUAGACAUCCCGACUCCGCGUUCUUACGCGGAGGCCGUAGAGGGUCCCUACUCCUCUCAGUGGCAGGCAGCUAUGGAUGCAGAGAUGGCUUCCUGGAAGUCCACAGGCACCUACGUUGACGCAGUUCCCCCUCCUGGGGCGAACAUCGUCAGUGGCAUGUGGAUCUUCCGGGUGAAGCGGCCGCCGGGCUCUCCACCUGUCUUCAAGGCGCGGUACGUUGCUCGUGGCUUCAGUCAGCGGCAGGGAGUUGACUACUUUCAGACCUUCUCUCCCACCCCGAAGAUGACCACUCUUCGGGUGCUGCUGCACAUAGCCGCUCAGCGCGACUACGAGCUUCACUCUCUCGACUUCAGCACUGCGUUCCUGCAGGGUAGCCUGCACGAGGAGAUCUGGCUGCGCCGUCCGCCUGGCUUCACUGGGACUUUCCCUCCUGGCACCCAGUGGAGCCUCCGACGGCCAGUCUACGGUCUCCGCCAGGCACCUCGUGAGUGGCACGACACACUGAGGACUACGCUUGCGGCUCUUGGGUUUGCUCCUUCUACUGCUGACCCGUCGCUGUUUCUGCGCACCGACACUUCUCUGCCGCCGUUCUACAUCCUCGUGUACGUCGACGACUUGGUCUUUGCCACAGCGGACACUGCUGGACUCGCCUACGUGAUGUCUGAGCUGCAGAAGAGACACACGUGCACAGACCUGGGUCAACUGCGCAGCUACCUUGGCUUGCAGAUCACUCGGGACAGAGCACGCCGCACCAUUACCUUGACUCAGUCACACAUGGUGCAGCAGGUCCUUCAGCGCUUCGGCUUCACGUACUCCUCGCCUCAGGCCACUCCUCUGCCUACUCGCCACUCACUCUCAGCUCUGCCUUCGGAUGAGUCCGUAGAGUCGAGUGGUCCGUAUGCAGAGCUUGUUGGCUGCCUCAUGUACCUGAUGACCUGCACACGACCUGACCUUGCAUAUCCUCUGAGCAUUCUUGCACGCUAUGUUGCUCCUGGGAGACACCGACUAGAGCACAUGGCUGCAGCGAAGAGGGUAUUGCGCUACCUGUGCAGUACGUCGGGCAUGGGGCUUGUGCUUGGAGGGCGGAGUCCAGUGGUCCUUACCGGCCACGCGGACGCUUCUUGGGCUGACGACCAGGCUACGCAGCGGUCGUCACAGGGUUACACCUUCAGCCUUGGUUCCGGCUCUGUCUCGUGGCGGUCUACUCGCUCGUCUUCGGUUCUCGGCUCCAGUUGUGAGGCUGAGAUCUACGCCGGGGCCAUGGCUGCACAGGAGCUUCGCUGGCUCACCUACCUGCUGACUGACCUUGGAGAGCCGCCUCGUUCUCCUCCAGUGCUGUACGUAGACAACAAGGCCAUGCUGGCCUUGUGUCGAGAGCAGCGCUUGGAGCACAGAACGAAGCACAUUGCUCUCCGCUACUUCCUUGCUCGUGAGCUGCAGCAGCGUGGUCAGUUGCGACUUGCGUACGUGGCCUCUGAGGCCAACACUGCUGAUGUGUUCACCAAGGCACUCGCGCCUUGUGACCAUCAGCGCUUUUGCACCCAGCUGGGUCUUGUGCCUGUCUUGCCUCACUUGCUCUCCUCUUGA